CGGGCUGCUGGAGCUCUAGGGGACCUACGACGGGGGCGGGCCGCUGGAUGGCGGAGGAGGGGAGCGUCCCGCGACGAGUUUCCCAAGAAAGCUGAACUCGUCCCAAGUUUCCUGUGCAUCAGUUUGCACCGGCGAUUUGGUGGCGGUCUGUUUCUGUGCGGGUGGUCUUGGGCCGCGAGAGAGGCGCGGAGGUGAUUGGAUUAAUUCGCCUGGGCGCGACCCAGGUUUCUGUACUGGACCCCUCGCCGCGGUGGGCGCAGUUUUUGCCCCAGAAAGGGUGGGUAAUUGAACGCAGUUGUGUCCCUCGGCAGCCGGGUGAUCCCCGGGCUCAGAGCGCGCGCGUCUGCAAGGCGUGCCUGGUAGUCCGGAGGCCAAGCUCCAUGACUUCUUUCCUCUUUAGGCAAGACUGACUAGGUGCUGUCCCCCACUCCCCCGGGGGCUGACCCCCGAGGCUCCGCUAUGGACACCGAGAGCGAAGUGGAUUUUUCCAGCAACAGCUUAACCCCUUUGUGGCGGAGGCGUUCAACCCCUCAGCCCCAGCUCCUGGGUCGGAGCAAGCCGAGGCCCCAGUCCUAUCAGAGCCCCAGCGGGUUGCUGAUCACGGAUUUCCCGGUGGAGGACCGAGAGACGCUCCCUGCGGCGCAGACUCUGGCCGAAGUGGCCGGCGCCUCAGACGGCAGGACGGUCCAGAGAAGCCCCCUGCUUCUAUGCGCCCAUCGGAGGGCUGUGACCAAUGGGAGGACCGUCUCCCAGGAGUACAGGGCUGUCUCUCCUCGGCUUCGACGGCCCAAGUCACCCCAAGUCCCCAGAGUGGCGUCAGUCGGCUCCCCCAAGUCCCCAGCGAACGGCACAGUGACCAAGCCCGCGCCUCAGCCGCUGCACCCCCCGCGGACUCCUCGAGCGCCCUCCCCCUGCAGCCCCGAGGGGGACAAGACCGGAUUCCCCACCAGCCCCCUGCCAUCGCCGGCUGCAAAUGGGCUUUCCCCUAAUAUCUCCUCCCAAGGCGCCGGUUCGCUCUCCGGCAAUAUGGCUAAGGACCCUGAGCGAGGACCCUCGAGACUCUCUCCUUCGCUCCCCAAAAGGUCUUUGGAACGAAAACUGCCUCUCCAAAGGCUGCCCUCACCGGAGAACGAACUCCUGGAGAAUCCUUCGGUAGUUUUGAGCACAAACAGCCCCGCCGCCCUCAAAGUGGGAAAACAGCAGAUCAUUCCGAAGAGCUUGGCCUCGGAAAUUAAAAUUAGUAAAUCCAACAGUCUGAACGUGGAACCUCACAAGAGACUGCUCAAGGUGCGCAGCAUGGUGGAGGGCCUUGGGGCCCCCCUGGGCCCAGCAGAGGACGAGGGCGAGGCGGAGCACGACUUGGAUAGCCCGGGGUCUCUGCGGAGAGGCUUGCGGUCCACCUCCUAUCGCAGGGCGGUGGUCAGUGGCGUUGAUUUUGACAGUCCUGGCACCUCGAAGAAGAAGAACAGGAUGUCCCAGCCGGUUCUGAAAGCAGUGAUGGAAGACAAGGAGAAGUUUUCCAGCCUGGGAAGGAUAAAGAAAAAAAUGCUGAAAGGACAAGGAACAUUUGAUGGGGAAGAAAACGCUGUCCUGUAUCAGAACUACAAAGAAAAGGCCCUUGACAUUGACUCUGAUGAGGAGUCAGAGCCGAAAGAACAGAAAUCCGAUGAAAAAAUUGUGAUUCACCACAAGCCUCUGAGGUCCACGUGGAGCCAGCUGUCUGCGGUUACCUGGAGCACAGCCUUUGAAGUUUGUCUAAAUAACGGACAUGUACCUAGGGCCCUGAAAGAGCAGAAACCGCAUUUCCAUCAGGUGAAAAGAAAUGGAUUAUCUCAAACAGUUAGCCAGGAGGAAAGAAAGCGACAAGAGGCUAUUUUUGAAGUCAUAUCCUCUGAACAUUCAUAUUUACUCAGUUUGGAGAUCUUGAUACGAAUGUUUAAAAAUUCUAAAGCACUGAGUAAUACGAUGACCAAAACCGAGAGUCACCAUCUUUUCUCCAAUAUUACAGAUGUCUGUGAGGCAAGCAAAAAAUUCUUUACAGAGUUGGAAGCAAGGCAUCAGAAUAAUAUCUUCAUAGAAGAUAUAAGUGACAUUGUGGAAAAGCACACAACAUCCACAUUUGACCCAUAUGUGAAAUACUGCACAAAUGAAGUCUACCAACAGCGGACACUGCAAAAAUUGUUAGCCACCAACCCAUCUUUCAAGGAAGUUUUGUCCCGAAUCGAGUCCCAUGAAGACUGUAGGAACCUACCCAUGAUCUCGUUUCUCAUUCUUCCCAUGCAGAGGGUGACCCGCCUUCCCCUGCUGAUGGAUACUAUCUGUCAAAAGACUCCUAAGGAUUCUCCGAAAUAUGAAGUCUGCAAAAGAGCCUUAAAGGAAGUGAGCAAGUUGGUGCGACUCUGCAAUGAAGGAGCCCGGAAGAUGGAAAGGACAGAAAUGAUGUACACAAUUAACUCCCAGCUGGAAUUUAAAAUUAAGCCUUUUCCUCUAGUCUCUUCUUCCCGGUGGUUGGUAAAACGAGGUGAGUUGACAGCCUACGUGGAAGACACGGUGCUUUUCUCAAAAAGGACGUCCAAACAGCAAGUCUACUUCUUCCUUUUUAAUGAUGUGCUCAUUAUCACCAAGAAGAAGAGUGAAGAAAGUUACAAUGUCAAUGACUAUUCUUUAAGAGAUCAGCUACUGGUGGAGUCUUGUGACAGUGAAGAGCUUAAUUCUUCUCCAGGGAAGAACAGCUCCACAAUGCUUUAUUCAAGACAGAACUCGGCCAGUCACCUCUUUACGCUGACUGUCCUUAGUAACCACGCAAACGAGAAAGUGGAGAUGCUGCUGGGAGCAGAGACGCAGAGUGAGCGAGCCCGUUGGAUAACUGCCCUGGGACACAGCAGUGGGAAGCAGCCUCCAGAUCGGACCUCACUGACCCAAGUGGAAAUCAUUCGAUCAUUUACUGCCAAACAGCCAGAUGAACUCUCUCUGCAGGUGGCGGAUGUGGUCCUUAUUUAUCAGCGUGUUAGCGAUGGCUGGUAUGAAGGGGAAAGACUUCGAGACGGAGAACGGGGCUGGUUUCCUAUGGAAUGUGCUAAGGAGAUAACGUGCCAAGCCACAAUUGAUAAGAAUGUGGAGAGAAUGGGGCGUUUGCUGGGACUGGAGACCAACGUGUAGCCUUUCCGAGGGUAUUCUGCCACUGCGAGAUUUGCACUACAUCAUGGUGGGCUGGUUGGUUCAGAGCUGGUUUUGAUGUUAAUUUUAACAUAGCCUAGUUAAUUAAAAGAAUGGAAACACUUGCCUUUAAGUUUGCCAGGUGGUUUUGUUCUCUCAGGAGAACAGCUACUGGACACGGUUAGUCCGCAAAGCUCAGUCUGUGCACAGCAAUCCUUUUGCAAACCUCUUUAGGGUAACAGAAUAGCUGAGCAGUUCACUUCAGGGGUCAGGCUGCCUCAGCGAUUCCUCAUUGUAUCAUAUCCUGACAUACAAAGAAAACAUAUGUAAGAUGCUGCAUCCUCAUUUUCUCUAUCUUCACUUAACCAAGAAUGUAUAUUAGCUCUCUUUAAACAUUUCCUUCACAUGGUUCUUCCGGCAUUACCAAGGUUUUAUGUCUUUAAGAAAUACCCAGUUUUGUAACUAUUUUUCCUGACUUUUAUAUUUUAGAUCUGAUAGAUUUCAACAGGAACUGCUAGAGUUCUGAAGGUGAGCCCAGCCUUUCUAAACCUCUUCCCAGAAAAGGGAAAUUGACACUUGAAUUUUUGUCACCCCUUUCCUCAUUGGAAGGGAAGGAGUCUUAGAAGAUUUUUUUUUUUAAAUCUUUCUCACCUAACUUUGGUCUUAGGUAAAUAUAUUCUAAUAAAACAUAGGCUACUCUAACAACAUAGAAUUUAGAUGCCUCACGUACGUGAGAAAAUCUUGAAUAUAGGACAAGGGUCCUGCUUUUUAAAAACAGACUCAACUGAGCUGAUUAGAUGACGUGAGGCUGCUUUGCCUUCAAUAACAUGAAGUUUUUGACAGUUCCUACUCCUCUAUUUGCAGGAGGAAAUUGGCUGAAACAUACUUUAACCAUUUCAAAGGUAAAAUUGGACCUUAAAAGGUAUCAAGAAGCCAGCAUGGUACUUAAUUACAACAUAACAUUUUGACCUUAAUGGGAACUCAUUUUAUUUGCACUAAAGGCCUUGCUUGCUGAAGUCUCUUAACUCUUUAUUUCUUCCACUAGUACAAGGAGAGAGAAGAGUUCUUAUAAUUGAAUGUUUUCAUAAAGAGGGAAUGGAGGGUUUGGAAGAGUGAGGGGGAGGAAUGACAUUUUUUACUGGCAGCUACUUUCCACCUCUACUCCAUUCUCUUCCACGGAGGGCCUGGCAAAGGGAACACCAUUCAAGGACUCAGGGCCAUGUCUGCCAACCAGUUUAUCUGUCGUGAGUGACUGCAGAAGCCCAGUGCCGGGGGUGAGCGAGCCUGGCUCACCUGCUCUGUGUCCUGUCACUGCAGCAGCUGAGCCCAUGGUGGGGUGGCACCUGUGGCUGCGUCCCCCCUGGACCACUGUCCUUUAUCAGUGGAACAUUUCUGGGUAUAAAGAUAUUCCAGGUCCUGAGCAACUUGAGGUCUGGGCCAGUCUGUCAGUGGAGAAUAGCAGUGGACUCAGCUAGUGAGGUUUCAGGGUUGGUAAAACACCAGACUUUUUGGAGGAGAGGCUAACAAAAUUUAACUAAUGUGUCAUUUUCACAGAAGGAAAGUAAGUGUAUGGCUUUGCAAAGAGACCAGUUCAUAUUAUUUUUUGCUAAUACCCUAUUAAAACUAAAAAUUAGCAACUGUAUGAAUCCUGUAUCAGUAUGAGAUGUUUAACAGUUCUGGAAAUAUGUGCAUAAAUCAAAGCCUAUUUAGCAAGCAGGUUAAUACUGUUUAUUAGAUAAAACAUUGUUUUAUAGCAGGUAUUAACACAUUUACAAUGUUUCAGUUCAACUGUGAGUGAAACAGUAUUGUUUUUCACACCCAGUUCAGUUUCUAUGUAUAGCUUCUCUGAAUUGUACAAUGACUUCAUUCAGUGACCUGUGGAGAACAAAAAUAUUCUUUUUUGUCCCAGUGAAAUGAGACUGCUUGUACACUUUUGGCAAAAAUAUGUGAGUUUAUAAAGAUUUUGUAUAUACUUGUU